AUGGAGAUGGAAGUCGAUGGCGCGAAUGCUUCGGCGGAACAAAGGCAGUCCGAUGGAUCUGCAGCCGCAUCUGCCACUGCUGCAACUGCUGCUGAAGGUGGUGUGACGAAACCAACUGCACAAGUUGCUCCGACUCCGAUCCAGCCGCCUCCACCUUCUCAACCCGGUCUGCCCAAUUACUCACUACUGAUGACGCUGAAUGGCCACCAGAAAUCGGUUGCCUCGUUAAAGUUUUCGCCUUGUGGUUUAUACAUCGCCUCCGCGUCGGCCGAUACUACGGUGCGAUGGCAAACCGAUGAAGACGUUGAACGGACACAAGAUAGGCAUCAACGACGUGGCGUGGAGUCCCAACUCGUUAUUUUGGCGUCGGCUUCUGAUGACAAGACGGUUCGAAUUUGGGAGGUAGAGACUGGGAAGUGCAUCAAAACGCUGAAGGGCCACACGAACUACGUCUUUUGCUGUGCCUACAAUCCGCAAUGUACGAUGGUAGCCUCGGGAUCGUUCGACGAAACGGUUCGAAUUUGGGACCUGCGCACGGGUCUGUGCACGAAGGUCUUACCUGCUCAUGCUGAUCCUGUCUCUGCGGUGUCUUUCAAUCGUGACGGCACCUUGCUUUGUUCGAGUUCGUAUGAUGGCCUGGUGAGGAUCUGGGAAACAGCGAAUGGGCAAUGCGUAAAGACGUUGGUUGACGAUGACAAUCCACCAGUAGCGUUCGUGAAAUUCUCACCCAACGGCAAGUACAUUCUGGCCUCCACACUUGACAGCACACUGAAAUUGUGGGAUUUCACGAAAGGCAAAUGCUUGAAGACUUAUACCGGACAUGUGAAUCAGAAGUACUGCAUCUUUUCGAAUUUCUCCGUAACUGACAAGAAGAUCUAUAUCUGGAAUCUGCAGACUAAGGAAGUGGUACAGACGAUAGAUUGCCAACAGGAUGUUGUACUGGCCACGGAUUGUCAUCCGACGCAGAACAUCAUCGCAUCUUCAGGUCUCGAAUCUGAUUUUUCAAUUCAUUUGUGGAAAAGCGAUUUCUGA